AUGAGAUUUUCAAAUUGCGGAUUCUUAAUCUCGUUGCUGGCAUUCGUGCAGUUUGGCUUCGCUCUGAGGUUCGAGAUCGAGUCAACUGCCCACAACCCACCUCCAAAGUGCAUCAGGGAUUUCGUCCAGGAAGGCCAGCUGGUGGUUGUCACAGUUGAUUCCUCGGGCCAUGUUGGUGAUGGCCAGGUUCUUUCGUUGAGAAUUGUAGACGGUACAGGAAACGAGUACCGCAAAACCAAAGAUGUUGCUGGUAAGGUGAAGGUGGCAUUUGCUGCCCACUCCAAUGGUCCAAUUGACAUUUGUUUUGAGAACCAGCUGCAAGACAGGAAUGCUGUUGGUUUGAAGCGUGAGAUAGAACUGGAGCUUGAGGCGGGUGCUGCUGCCAGGGAUUGGAACUCUAUCCAAGCCUCGGAAAAGCUGAAGCCAUUGGAGGUUCAGUUCAGGCAGGUUGAAGAGAUGACUGGUGAGAUUGUGGGUGAGUUGAACUACUUGGUCCAGAGAGAAAGAAGAUUGAGAGAUACAAACGAAUCAACCAAUAGAAGAGUGAGGAACUUCUCGAUCUCUAUCAUUCUGUUGCUUGUUGGUGUUGGUGUCUGGCAAAUCCAGUACUUGAGGAACUACUUCAGGUCCAAGCAUAUCCUUUGA